AUGCCAACUUAUCACAAUGCGGGUGCUAGUUACCCAAACUUAUCAGCGCUAGCUCGUCAGGGUAAAAUAGACGGGAACCAGAAUCACCAUCACCACACAAUACCCUCAAAUGUAACAGCUCAUUCGUUUUUGCAAAACGCCCUCCAAUCGAUGCAAUCGAUCCAAUCAAUUCACCACUCGAUUCCUUCGAUCCAGUCUAAUUACAGCGGCCCGAACAUGCAGCCGCAUCCAGUGUCGCCGAUAAUGACAACAACACACUCCAGUAGUAUUGUUACCACUCAAAAUGUUGUUGUACCCUCUCCCACCCAUGUGAGUAAUCCUGUCUCACCUUCCCCGGUCAUCCUUACACCCAAUAAUCCCACCGUCAAUCCAACAUCUAAUAAUGCCUUAUCAAUCAGCACGAGACACGAAGCAUGGGAUUUACAACCGGAGAAGAGACCAACGUUCCACGACAUAAAGGUCAAACUCGGUUUUCUUAAGGCUGAGUACACCAAAUAUCCGAAUUAA